CGCGCGCGAAUCGCGCGCAGCGGAGCACCACGGGUAAAAAAAUGUGGUGAACUACCCAUCCAAGAAAAUUUGGUAAUCACGUGACCGUACACAGACCUCCUGCCCGACCGUCCGUCCGCACCACAGGCAUACCAAUGUAAAAUAAUUCAAUCAACAGGUAUGGCAACCCAAAUGCAACUCAAGGUUGUAUUUGGAAAGAAAUCGCCUGGCUGCCCGGACUUUUAGAAAGAAAAAACAACAACAACGUCGUGUCGUUUUCGACGUUAUUUUUGAUGUUUACACUCACGUGGAUAACAGAGAAAGAGCUAGAGGGAGUGAUUGAAAACAAAAGAGACGAAUUUUGUAGGAAGAAAAACAUGAAAAUUCAAAGCGGCUGUGAGACAAUGAGAAAUGCUAGCGGCCAGCAAGGUGAAAAUAAGCGGCAGUGAAAAAUAAAAGCGAACAUGAACACAGGAUACAAAAUAUUGGGUAAGCACAUACGACCAUUCCUCCACAAAAAUAAUGUGAAACUAGUAAUUUUGACCUUUUUAGUCCUACAAAACAGCGUUGUAGUUGUGCAAAACAACUGCAAACAAAGACAAAAAGCGUGCUGCACGUGCAAAUUUGUUCGUUUUUGCUAAUUAGGAAAAAGAGUGUGCUGCACGUUUUUUUUUUAUUGUUUUUUUUUAUUUUUUUUGCCAAUUAGAUCUUUUGAUCUUGAUGCCAUAUUCAUUGCCGUCCCGUUUAGCGUUUUUUGUUUACAAGUAUAGGUGGCUUUCAUGCAAUCUCGAGAGACGCAAAUAACAAUGGUGAAAUGAACAAAUGCUGGUGGACAAACAUAGCGAGCUAAUGAGCGAUCUUUUGUUUACCGUCCACCAGCAUGGCGGGGAUGACGUAACGUCAAAACCACCUAUUAUUAACCAGAAUUUCCCUUCUAGCCCUGGCUAAAUCUAUAUAUUAAUAUUUCCAGUUGUUUUUCUCUUAUGUAUUGCAUUUAUUAAAUUUUUGUCCUGAACAAAAAGCUUCUCCUUUUCCAUUUCCUUUUUUAUCACAAAACCGGAAAUAACAAAUAUGUUCGAAGUACGUAACUGCUCCUAAAGCCAUACAUUAUAAGCAAUAUCAUUUUGCAGUUCACUAAUUCCUACUUUGUAUACGCGCAGACAUCUGUCCAUCGGGAUGGGAUUACUUCAAUGGAUACUGCUAUUUAACAAGCUCUGUAUGCGCACCUUGGGUGACUGCUGUGUCCAACUGUUCAGCAAUGAACUCACAUCUGAUAACAGUGCACAACCAAGAAGAAAAUGUCUACAUUCAGCACCGUCAUAAUGGAGAGCGAUCAUGGAUUGGACUUAAUGACCAAAGCGUUGAGGGAUCAUUUGUCUGGACAAACAAGGAAAUAACCAGUUUUCGGUUCUGGGCUCCGCAACAACCAAACAACAGGAAAAACGAAGACUGUGUUCACACUCUGGGUGCCAAUGAUGGCUACACUUGGAACGAUGUUUCCUGCGAUAACUGCUAUAACUAUACUUGUGUUCGAGGUAAAAGCGGUCAUCAGGUCCGUUUUACAACUUACAUUAAAUGAUCUGUUAGUUGGCACCUGGGGUAAUCUUAUGUUCUGUAAAGGGUUGUGGCUCACUUCAAUAUUUUAUGCCAGGAAUGUAACCAAAACAACAAAAAAGCCAUCUAAUGUAAAUGUAGUAUCAUCUUUCAGUCCUAGUUAGUAGAGGAGAUUGGUUGAGAAUGCAUCAAAGCUUAAGAUUAAGAUUUUUUUUCUUUUUUUUUUUCACAAUAAAUGAAUGCGACGUUUUUAUAGCCGGCCUGUGUACAGCGGACGCCCCUCCCCCUUUUUUGAGGUGAGGGGGCGUCUGAACACAGGCUAGGUUUUUAUUGGUGAAAAGGAUCAAAAUGAUAAGAAUGCUAUUGAACGUUUCACACCGUCGGUUGAGUCCAAACACCUCUAACAAAAAAACAUACUAUUAUAAUAAAUGCGCUUGUAGGGCUUUAUAGCCAUUCCACUGUUAUUAACUUUGUUUCAGUUUAUGUUUCAAACUCGUACGACUAUAUCAAGGUAAAAAUGGGCAUGCAGCCGAGCUUAUUAGACAGUUGUUAAGGUGUCAUAACCGAAAUAAAAGCAUUGUGUCCAGUGUUUGGUAAAAUUCAAAGUAAUUUCGCUUUUUCUUUUCAAGAGUUUUAUGAUGAAUUCAAGUUGAGAAUAUCAUUUCAGAAAAUAAGCACGUAGCAAAGUCAUCAGCUAUAGGAAAUGUGAGAGAAUGAAUCACAGUGAUUUCUUUUAGAAAUUGACGAAUGCACAACUAACUAUCACAGAUGUAAUGUGAAUGCUGCUUGCCAGAAUACCGUGGGCUCAUACAAAUGUACUUGCAAAGCUGGAUACUCUGGAAAUGGCGGCAAAUGCGUUGGUAAGUACUGAAGUUUGCUUUAAAUGUCUUCCAUAUUUUGCCCUUUUGCUUCGCAAACUGACCGACUUAGUUGUCCUCUGUUCCGACUGACUUUAUUCAUUAAAAUAUAGACUAAAUAAAUAUGCUAUAUAGUGUAUGUACAGAACUGUUAUUAUUUUCUCUAUCUUUUGUGGUCAAAACAUUCUGAUAAGCCCCUAGUGGGUAUUUAAUCGGAAUUUCGAGCAGUAAAAGAAUACUUGCACUAAUAUGUGCACUCUAAAUCAGACAGAUCUGUUUUAGCCCUUCAAAUACGGCCGUUUCGGUAGGUAAAAUACAGUCCUAUUUUUGAGUCUAAUUUGGUGCCCUUAAAUUAGGGCCAAUACAGUCCAAUUAGCUAGAGCUGAUUUGGUCCCAGGGCUGAAAUGGGCCCUAACGUGGGCUGGAAUAGCCUUUUGAUUGAGCUUUUUUGGCCUGAAUUGUGUUCAAAUGGUUCCAGGAAGGGCUGAAUCAGACUUUGGCCCGCAGGGCUGAAUUGACGCUAGGGCUGAAACAGAUCUUUUUAAUUUUCAGUGUGGAACAACCUUUUACACGAAUGUUGAUUUCUUUAAUCAAAACAAUUACGAACUUCCGUUUGGGGACUUCACUGGUAAUAACGUAAAACUUUGAUUUCACUUGAAAAAAAAAACUCGAAAAGGAAAAUUUCACUUUUAGACCUCAAAGUCGCCCCAGUUCAGACUGAAGGCAAUAAAAAGCCCCAAGGGGUCUGACAGGUCUGAAUAGAGGAAAGUUGGGAGGAAAUGUCAAGGAAGGUAUUACCUUGUUUUUUUGGCGCAUGAAAUCAAUAUUUCAUUAUUUUGUCUUUGUUUUUAGAAAUCGACGAGUGUAGGAGCAAAACCCAUAGCUGUGACAAAAAUGCGUUAUGUAAGAACACUGAGGGAUCUUUUACUUGCACCUGCAAUCGCGGUUACAAGGGAGAUGGAAAGAAGUGUAGAGGUAUCUAUCUAGCACUCUUUAAAGGUGGCUUUCCAGCGUCGCGUAAUUUUUGCGUGCGUAGGCGCUUUAGUUUUAAGUACGUAUAUAAAAUAAGGGCUAUGUAUCAAAGGUUGCGCGUAAACGUAAAACUUGAACCUCGCUCAACUUUUACACGCGGCCUUUCAUACAUUGCCUCCAGGGCCCUGACUGCCUCUAUUAUAUUAACGCACGUACAUUUUACGUGCGUACACACAUAAAAAUUACGAGGCAGUGGAAAUCAGUUCUUAAUCACCUAACGAUAGUUUAUGCAUCCAGCACGUUCGUUCAUUCCAUUGCUUGAAUUUAUUCUCCCUGGCACCGGUUGUUCAAACGUUGGAUAGCGCUUUGCAUGGAAUAAAUAACUACACAGUGGAUAAGUAUUAGGGAAACUAACUGCGCUAUCUACUGGAUGGUGAUUUAUCCAGCGGAUAGCGUUAUUCCGCUUUUGAACAAAUUGUCCAGGUAAUUUUAUAACACUAGCAUAGCCACACAAGCCAUCGCGUUCAUCUGUAAAGUAGAUUUAAAAGAGUAGAAUGUAAAGGAAGAAUUUUCAGUUUACUUGCCUUGUAAACGUAAAAUAAAUGCAAUUUUAUGAUUUUCAUUUAGAUAUCGACGAGUGUACAAGCAAAAUCCAUAACUGUGACAGAAAUGCGUUAUGUAAGAACACUGAAGGGUCUUUCACCUGCACCUGUAAACCUGGUUACAAGGGAGAUGGCAAGAAGUGCAAACGUAAAUAUCUCAGUAGAACACGCAAUUAUCGCAUUCUCUGCUUUUAAUUUAUUAGACUGAGGCAAACACGUUUGUCGUGGAUUCUUAGCUAUGAACUGGAACUAGCCUACAGUACAGGCUUAAGCCGGGGAAUCUAUUCACAUGCAUUAUUAUUUUUAAUGAUUUUCCUCCCUAGUAGCCUCAACUCUAAGUUGGCUGUCGGCAACAGGAAUCACUGCUCAUCUGAAUGAAUAAAGCAAGAUCCGGGAAGCAGAUUACCUGUAUAUUAUUACUAUUUUAAGUCUCUUUGAAAACGAUUGCAGGCGCAUUCUUCACAGUUGAUCUCUUAUGUUGAUAUCUAUUUUGUUGUAGCGACAUGCGCGCUGUUUUCCUACGAUCCCGCUCAAUCCUGCAAAGAAAUCAAGGACUUAGGUAUCUCCAAUGGCGACGGGGAGUACUGGAUUGACCCUGGAAGGACUAAUAGUCCUUUUAAGGCAUAUUGUGACAUGACAACUGACGGAGGUAUGGUUUGAGUUGAAGCUAGGGGAAACCCAUUUUUCCUAAAGUAAGUUCAGGAAAUUCUCAAUACCUACCUUGAUCUAAUACCUAAAAACAUGGCCAAAACAGCAAAACUACAUCUCAUACUUGAAGAAUAUCUUCAAGACAAAGCAUCCCCUUGGAUCCUGAAUUUGCCCAGGAACAGGCACGUGAAAUCCAUCAGUUUAUCAAUUUUUCUGAUAACUGUCAAGUGUUACCAUGGAGAAGUUGUUUGAAUGAAUAAUAAUAUGCAUUUUUUGCGCCAAGCCUCUUUUUAGUAUCAAUUUCAGACUAGCACGCGCCUAGCGAGUCACGAAUUUCUUAGUCUCAGGUUCCUUGUUCUGUACAGUACCGCAAACGAUCCUCAAAGUAGACCGUAAAUGAUCCCCAUUGUCGAACUGCAAGUGAUCCCGUGAAAAGUAGAGGACUAGAAUACUGUUUUAGGCAUGGAUGGUGAAUGUGCUGAGAGUUUGCACAUCGCGUAGAAAAAUGAAUAAAUAAAACUGUUUCUUUUGGUAUUUUUUUCUCCUUUCGUUAUUCAAGCAUUUGAUGUUUCGUUGCUGUGAAGAUUUAGGACAGGAAGGACGUUAAGAAGGAAAUUUUUCUUUCAUUUUAACGCCUAGGAAUAGGGAAAUAUGACCCCGGAAUAUGAUCCCUGUAUUUAUCACUCUGUACAGGUUUUUGGUUUAUUUUGAAAUACGCUUAGCAACUACAACUCGUGAAAAUGUUGCGUCUAGUGGUAAGGACCCUGUCGGCGCAAACCUGUAUAUUCAUUUUCCGUGCCUUUACUGCUGGAGACACAGACAGUUACAAAGAUACAACAUUAGGGAAAGAGAAACGAAGGAACGAUUAAGUGGAAAAUUUUGUACCCAUGAGCAAAGAAUGAACUUAAUGGGUUCAGUGUACUAGAGCGAGCUUUUAUCUGAGGUAGUUUUCAGAGAGUUUGGCGGUUACAAAAGUUAUCAUUUUCUAAAGUUCAUACCAAGUAUCCGAAAGAUCGGAUUUGAGCAAUUUUUUCUUAUUGCAUCUAAUUGUUCUAUAGUAUAUUGAGGUUUAGUUCAGUUACGCUUUAAUGUUAACCAGCAAUUAAGCAGAGCUAUCGUUUUACUGGUUGCAUUUAAGUUCUUUUUUUGUUUGCAUUUAUUUGUGUAAUGUUCAAGGUUUCUUUCUUUUUCAGUCUUGGCAUUUAUUUGUUAAAUUAAUUCAGUUGAAUUAAUACGUUUUGUUGCGAUAAUAAACGUGACACGAUGAACCAGUAACUUAAGUCCAGGCCAUUCUCGGAUUUUCCUCUCGGGAUCAUUUGCGGUCUGAGGAUCAUUUACGGACGCGCGGGAUCAGUUGCGGUACUGUACAGUUCGCCUGAGUUAUAUUGUAAAACAUUGAUAAGGCUCACAGCGGGUAGCCUCCCAGGUUUUUAGGGGUUCGUCACGCGUUCCUGCCCAUGGGAGGCUACAUCUGGGUUUCCGCAGUGUGAAUUAUUUUGAACUAAACAUUACUGCUUGUUUUGGCCCACAUGACUUGAUAAACCAAUGAUAAACAUUUAUCGAAUUUCAGGGGGAUGGCUUCUUGUAUCCAACGUUGUGUCGCACAGUUCAUCUCCCACUCAGUUGCCAGUUAAGACAUCGUACCGCGGAGUAAGCAGCAAAGAGAUGGUACUUACAAAAAGCGCCAUGAAGGAGCUGAGGAAGCACUUGCAUUUCACUCGGAUAAGAUUCCGCUGCAAAAAAAGAGGAGGUCGUACAUUUCACAUCACCACGGCUGCUAACAGCAAAGGUGAGGCUGCUGUGAAAUACUUCAGUGGUGAGACAGAUCUGAUACCUGCCUCUUGUGGCUCGUUUGUGAUCAUGAGCAAUGAUAACUCGCGGUUAGCAAGAACCUGCAAGGAUUGGGGAUACCAAAGAGGUUCUUACAAAGUUGGCAAAUGGGGGCAUGAAUCAGAUCAGGAUCGAUUAUACAACCACGCUGCUUUUGUAAAGGCAGCUUACCACUGGCUUCUUACACCCUCUAGCAGGUGGGAAUGCGACGAUUAUGGUGUGGGAGUGUCCCCUGGCGAUUUUUGGAAAGUCUUUGUGCGAUAG